AUGUCUCGACGUGCUACGCCGGGCCAAGCAGCUCAGAACCAACAGGUCAUUAAGAGCCUGCUGAAGCUUGAGUGUAAUAAACUCUGUGCCGACUGCAAACGCAACAAGCGUAAGUGUCCUGUAUCCUUUACUCCGCAACCUGGCCCGCUCUUUGCGACAAUCGUCCCCAAUUUCCUCAAGUCACGUCCCACAGACAUUGACCGUUCACCAGAUCCACGAUGGGCCUCAUGGAAUUUGGGUAUCUUUAUCUGCAUUCGAUGCUCCGGCAUCCACCGCGGCAUGGGCACACAUAUCAGCCGUGUCAAGUCUGUUGAUCUCGACGCCUGGACUGAUGAGCAACUCCAAAGUGUGAUUCGUUGGGGCAAUGGACGAGCGAACAAGUACUGGGAGGCAAAAUUGGCACAGGGACACGUGCCUUCCGAGUCUAAGAUCGAGAACUUUAUUCGGACCAAAUAUGAAGCCAAGCGCUGGGUGAUGGACGGAGGGAUGCCGGACCCAUCCACGUUGGACGAAGGCGAUGAUGAUGUGCCUCUUGCCGUUGUCCAGGAGAAGGCCAAGAUCGAGCGCUCUGCAUCGCAGCGGAUUGCACCGCCUAGCCAACCUUCGGCGUCUCGUCAACAACCCCAGAUCGAUCUCUUCGGAGAUGAUAUCAUUGCAGCCCCGCCUCGCCCGAGCACAACGGAGCCUAACCCGCGCGCGCCUCCUCGACAAGCGCCGCCCCCUGCGCAGCAAAAGACUCACAAGCCUGCCGACUCUCUGCUUGGACUGGACUUUUUUUAG